AUGGAAUUGACCCUUCAUUCCACACCUUCUCUUUUACUCAGACUGCUUCUCUUCAUUGCUAUCUCCACUUUCUCAGAUUGCUACGACCCCUUGGAUCCCAAUGGAAACAUCACAAUCACUUUUGACAUUCUUCAGUACACCCCUGAUGGUUAUCAGGCGAGAGUGAGCAUCAGAAACUAUCAGCAGUACAGGCAUGUGGAUGAACCUGGGUGGAAGUUAGGGUGGCGAUGGGCGGACGACGAGGUUAUCUUGUCUAUGUCCGGUGCUUUCGCCACCCAACAAGGCAACUGUUCUGAUAAUUUCAAGUACCAGCAGACACCACACUCCUGCGAGAGAAACCCGACAAUCAUGGAUCUCAUGCCGGACGCCUGGCCGGAAAACAUGUCGGAGGAGUGUUGUCGCGGCGGCGUUCUUGCCGCCUGGGCUAUCAAUCCAAAUAUGUCGUUUUCGUCAUUUGAAAUCGAAGUUGCCAACUUGGGAGCCAACUACACUGCACAUCCGCCGGGAAAUCUCACGUUUAAGGAUCCGGGUCCGGGUUACACAUGUGGUUUACUUGAGGAUGCUGAUCCUUCUGUUUCUUGGGACGUUGGAGGUAGAAGACAAGUUCGAGUAAAACGAACAUGGAAAUCAACAUGCACUUACUCAAGCUUUGUGGCCAACAAAUUGCCUGCGUGUUGUGUUUCACUCUCCACAUUUUACAGUCCCAUUGUCACACCUUGCCCUAACUGCAGCUGUGGAUGUAGAGAUGCAGAUCCCACCACACUUUCUUGCAUAAGAGAAGAUUUUUCUUUAUCGAAUUCAGAUCUUGAUAAUAAUCUUAACGUAGUACAAUGCACCGAUAAUAUGUGUCCAAUUAGAGUUCAUUGGCACAUUAAGAAUAAUUACAUGACCUAUUGGAGAAUAAAGUUAACCGUCUCAAACUACAACUACAAGCGGAACUACUCAAAUUGGAAUUUGCUAGUGCAACAUCCUGCUUUCAACCAAUCCGCAACAGUAUAUAGCUUCAAUAGCAAAUUGCUCCCUUCUAAUGGGUUUUCAGACAUUGAUGAGGUUGCUCUAUUUUGGGGGAUAGAUUUCUACAACAGUGAACUGCUAAAUGUUGAUGAAAACAAACUUGGAUCAGUGACUACAGACAUACUUCUGGAGAAGAAUUUAGAUAUAUUCACAUUUAGAAACGGAUGGGCUUUUCCACGCCGAAUAUAUUUCAAUGGUGAAAACUGUGUGAUGUCUCCUCCAGAUAAUUUUCCAAUGCUGCCAAAUAAUAGCUUUAAAUUAAAAUCUAUUUACCAUCACUUCCCCCUCCUACUUGUUAUUCAUCUAACUCUCACAAAUCUACUUGGUUGGUUCUAA